UGCUAUAAAGUUGUACCAGUUGUAAACUGCAAGUGACUCUGAACACUAGAGCGACCGUUCGCCUCUGCCUUUUUCCCACUUUCAUUUUUAUUUUGGUUUUUGAAUGUGUUUGCCAAUUUUAAUACAUUGUUUUUUUUUUAAACAAAAAAAAAAAAAUGCCAUCUUAAUUAACCAAAAAUAGUUACCGAAUAUAAUUUUAAUUGAAUGAUCAAUACACUUUUUAAAAUGACUGAAACAGAUGUGAAAAAAAUUCCAUUUUUUAAACUAUUAAAUCUUGAGGCUGUUACUCCAGAGAAUGAUUCAUCCACGAUUUUCAAAAAUCAUUUAUUAGUUUUACCACGCCAUAAUGCAGAUCUCGUAUACAAAAAUAACAGUAUAAAAACUGGAUAUGAAAAUUUUUGUAUAAAAAAAGGCACUUUAAAGUUGUAUCCAUUUAAAGACUUUGAUUUUAUUGGUAAACAUGUUGUAUGUCAAAAAUGCUGUCAAAAGUUUGCUUCAAAAUUGUCUUAUAAAGCACAUGUUGGUACUGGUAUUUGUGUUAGAACUUAUAAUGGGCCAAAUCUUAUCUAUCUUAAAUACAAGAACAGAAAUUAUAGACAAGUUCGAAAAAAAAAUAAAAAAAAGUCUGAAGAAGACUUUCACGGUCAUGAUAUAAAAAAGAAUUUGUUAAAUCCUGAAAUGUUGAACACUUUACAGACUCGUAAUAAAGUCUAUUCUGAUAAUAUAAUACACCAGCGAAAUAAAGUUAAAGAAAAACCAAUGAAUAAUUCAGAUAAAAAUAAUGAUGAGCCCUCUGUGAAAAAACCUAGAGGAAGACCUAAAAAGAACAUUAUUAGUAAUAAUGUUGAAGUUAAUCUAAGAAAACGUGGCAGACCAAAGAAGUUAAAUGCUGCGACAGUUGAUAGCUCAAGUCAAAAUGAUAACAGCUCAAGUAGUAACCCGGAAAUCGAUGAGUCUGAAGAACCAAGAAAGAUUAAUAACUGUAGUCUUGAUGAUGCAUUCAAUAACAAUUUAAAUGAGGAUGGCAAAUUACAAUCACUGUCUUCCAAAAUGAAAUUUUUAUCAACUAAGUUUUGGAAACUUUUUAAAAAAGAGUUAAAUCCGAAUGGUGUAGAUAUUAAUAAUUAUCAAUAUCAGACUGAAAACCAAACCCAGUAUAAUGAAGAAAACAAAGGUGAUUUAUCAGCUGAAGAAAAAGAAAUUUUUCUUAAAAUCGAAGAACUAGAAUAUGAUAUUAAGUUUCUUUCUAAACAGUUUCAGGGUAAGAAAGAAUAUCCAUAUGAUGAUGAAUUAAAAUUAAUGCUGAAAAAAAUUAAUGAAAAGCGUGACGAAAUUCAACAAAGUAAACUGAAGAAGACUGAUAUGAAGGGAUCAAUACCAGAUGAAGGCAAAGAAAAUAUUCAAAGUACUCUCAAAAUGAAUGGAAAUGAAACUGAGAUUGAAAUGAAUAACACAGAUUCUGAUAAAAUUGAAAAAUGUUUAGGAAUAUGGAUAAAUAAUAGUAAUACGGUUUCCUCCGCUACAAAUAUAAAAAUUAAUGAUGGUUGUAAUACCAUUAAUCGUACAAAUGUAAAUCAUUUUAAUGAAGAAUCCACAAGUCAGGAUAGUUUUGAAGAUAAUUUAGGAACGUUAACUGUGGAUGAAACUCCAAAUAUUACUAAUUCAGUUAAAAAUCAUUUUAAUGAUCUUGGCUUAAAUUAUAUCUAUAACCCUAUAUUAAACUGUAGAAAAUGCAGAAAAAAAUUUACUUCUAUUGCUGAAUGGAAAUUACAUCGUUCUGAACAUUUGUUUAAGUUAAAUAAAAAUUUUUUAUGUAAGGUUUGUGGACUUAAAUUCAAAAUGUAUAAAAAUUUUACAAAACAUAUCAAUAUUCAUAAAAGAAUCGAACAAAAAAAAUCAUAUGAUAAAAAAAAUUUAAAAAACUUAAUAUGUAAAAUAUGUAAUAGACAGUAUGAUUACCUUAGAUCAUAUUAUGCACACAUUAAAACCCAUGUUGAUGAAUAACCUUAUUUUAUUUUUAAUUUCCCGAUAUAUACAUUUUAUAAUGUACAGUACUUUGUCUAAAACCAUCAUAGAUUGUUCACCAUGUUUAAACUUUAAAUUGAUUUAUUUUUGUAUUUUAUGGUUUAAUUAAAACAUUCUUAUAUUAAAA